CCCGUUACUAGGCAGCGAUAGUGCCGCUUAUUUCACUAUGUUAAGAAGAAUUAACUUUCUGGUGAUAAUUUGCCAGCUAUGGGCCUACCACAGUACGACAGCAAUGAGUUAAUGUUUGUUAGUUCACACUAAACUACGACAGUCACAGACAAGCCGCUCUCUGCACUAUUUAUUGUAAAGACGGUUGUCAUCAUCAUCUCUAACACUAUGGCUUCCUCCACAAGUGAUAUUCGUGAUAAACUCCGAAAGAAGCGGCGUGCCUUUCAAGAAACUUUGGCAAAAGUAAAAAAUGAGGACGACGUUCAGGCUCUGGUUCCAUCUACAAAGUUGAAAAAGGGGAAACGACAUACGACAAUGCAGGAACCACUAAGCAGCGAAGAAGACCCAGGAGAGACACUGAAACGGACAAUAAGGGCUCACAGAGAGAGGCGAAAGAAAAUGUUGCUUGAAGAAUCUUCAGCCCAAGAGUCUCAUGGUGAUACCGUGGAAGAAAUCUCUGCAGUUCAACCCACUGAAGAUGUUGGAUCAGAUGAAAAGGCAGAUGAACCAGUGGCUUUGUCAAGACCUCCUACAGGCUCUCAGAGAAGCUUUUCUUCAAGACUUCAGCAUACUUCUGGUUCACAGCAGUUAGAUGACUUCAUGACGCAGCAUUUGGAGGAGAAGCUGAGAGCAGCCCGAUCUAGAGGUGAGAGCCUUCAGCAGCAGGAGUCCUCUAUCGAGCCACCCAGUCGCCUACAGAGGCUCAAAGACAGAGAUGCUGUUACAAGGUUUGACAGAGAGGUUGUUCCAGAUAGGACUGAAAGACAUGAUGCCCCUCUUUCCCUCAGUACCAGGGUCAAAUUCAGAGAGGCAGCAAGACGAGUAGAAAAAGGGCCACCAACUGCAGAGGAAGCUUAUAAUUUCUUCACAUUCAACUUUGAACCCGAUCCUCAGGAUAAGACUGAGAAGACAACCAGGAAAAUUAAAAAGCAGGGGAAAAAAGAUGAAGAGGACCGAGAUGGAGAAGGAGAAUCAGAUGAACAGGAACAUAAUGAAGAAGAUGAAGAUAGCCAAGAUGAAAAUGAGGAUCCUAGUGAAGAAGCUGCUCUUGUACAAGAUGAAGAGGAGGAUUUAUUUGUCAUUGAUCAAUCAUCCCAGGACUUCUUGGAAGUGAAGAAAGCUGAAUAUAUUCGGUACCACAAACGUGCUGAAAAAGACAGAAAGCUGCUCUUUACGCCAAGUUUUCAAACAGUACAAACAUCUCUUAAACUUCCUGAAAACAUUAAGCCUCGUUAUUUGGAGGACGAAGGUCUAUAUGUUGGGGAGAGGCCCCCUGUGUCCCGGACAAAUGAGAACAUUAUGGAGAACCGCAUUUUAAAAGCGGAGGAGGGAAAGAAGUGGUUUGGAGAUGAUGGCAGGAUCCUGGCCUUACCUAACCCCAUAAAGGAAUCAUCCACACGACCACCUCUUUUUCACAUGGAGGAGGACCUGGACUCUGGACUGCAGACUGUGUAUAGGAAGGCAGUGAAGUCCAAGUAUGCAAAUCUAUACAUUGCUGGCACUACAGAACCUGAGGGAGACUACCAGCUUGAUGUUGAUGUAUCUGGGCUGAUCUUCUCCCAUCAUUCACUCUUCAGUCGUGAACAUGUCCUUGGGUCCCGUCUUGUCCAGCUAUAUGAUCAGUACCUCUCCAGGCAGAAUAACAAUCUCACAGGCCACCUCACAGACAAGUUAAAUGGACUGAGGAGUGCAUUGCAUAAUAUGAUUGAAAUCCAUGGUGGGCAGAGUAUGACUCAGGCCAUGCAGCACCGGAUAUCUGAGUACAGUCUGGAGGUUAAGAACACUCGGCAGCUGCGAGAUGGCGAGCAGGAAAAAGACAGGACUCUGUUGAAGAACAUAAUUAAAGUGUGGAAGGAGAUCAAGGCCCUGAGAGACUUUCAGAAGUUUACCAACACACCCUACAAACUCUACCUCAGACGAGAGAAUGUAGAUCGUGUGUCAGAUGAGAGGGAAUAUGAACGUGAAAUCAUGGCAGAGGUUGUGGAGUUGGAGGCAGAGAAAGAAGAGGAAUACCAGAGAAAACUGGCUGAGUACAAAAAACAGCUGGAGGAGUGGAAGCUGUGGAGAAAGAAACAGAGAGGUAAAAAAAAGAAGACCAAAAAGAAGAAGAAAGCCCAGGCACAGGCUGACGCAGAAGAUGACGAUGAAGACCGUGAUGUGAGUGAAUCAGAAGGACCUGUUGAAGACGGUCCUUCAAAGCCAGAACCUCCUGAGAAGCCAGAUUUGGACUCCACUGAGCAGGGAGUCAGAGAAAAAGCCUCCAGGAUACGCAGAAAACCAGGCGAGCCCAUUCUGAUUCCUGAGCUGUCGGCAUCAGGAAACAUCACCACCAGUGACGUCUGCCCCAGACCUGAAGUAGCUCGGAGAGAGGAUGUUGCAAGGCGCUCGCUUUUCAUCAAGAUCCUGUACAACAACAAAGAAGUUACUCGAACAGUCAGCCGGUCCCUGAACAGUGACUUCAGAGUGCACUUUGGUCAGAUUUUCAAUCUCAAGAUAGUUAACUGUCCUCAGAGUAUCUGCUUACAGGUGUAUGAGGAGAUCGGUUCAUCCUGCUCCCUCUUGGCUCAAGUGUUUGUUCCGGUGCCAGAGCCCUCAGUUUUGACAGGCAGCGGUGUCAUUGAGGAAUUUGAGUUCAGCAGCAACCACAGAGUCAUGUUUGACCAUGAAGGAGUUGGAAGUGAUGUACCGCUCUCCCUGGAGGCUGAUGGCAGUAACAAACAGAUCCUGCUGACCUCUGGGAAGGUGGCGUGCUGUGUCUCCUGGGGGAUCGGGGAGGACGAUGUACCGCUUGCUCCUCCUGUGUCUCAGCAACCUGGAGGCUUACACAGUGGCAUGGGCCGAUUUGAUGCUGUCUCAUACAUUGGAGCAUCUGGACUAUAUGACAUGAAAAAAAUUGGGGAGUGGGCCACACAAUCACGACUGGACCCCAACGAUCCCAAUAAUGCCUCCAUCAUGCAGCUUUUACAAGUUGCCAGUAGUGGAGAGGUGACAGCACCAGAUUACUUCCGUCUUGAACAAAUGCAAGAAGAGUUCAACUUUGUGACUGAUGAAGAGUUGGACAGUUCCAAAAGGUUUCGCCUACUCAAGCUGAGGAAUCAGGGUGUUCCCGAGUUUCGUAAUUACAAGAUGGUUCCUCCCUUUGAGAGGGAAGUCACUGAGAAGGUGUUCCAGGAAUAUGAGAAGAGACUGAAGGAAGGAAACAUAGUUGACACCAAAGAACAUCUGGAUUCACACAGGGCGUUAGUGGCCACAUACCUUCAGAAAAUCAGAGAAUCUGUUAUCAACAGAUUUCUUCUUGCCAAGCACCACUACCUUCUGUCAGAUGUGGUAAUAGAAGAGGAGAUACCCAGCAUUGGUGGUGCAGGUUCAGGGAUUCUGGGUAUAAACAUUUUCAAACUGGCUGAGCCCAAGCGGCCUCUGAAACCACAGAGAAAAGAACGAAAGAAAGUGACGGCUCAGAAUCUGUCUGAUGGAGACAUCAAACUGCUGGUCAACAUCAUCCGAGCCUAUGACAUCCCCGUCCGCAGGCCUCAGAACAAUAAACCAGGACAGUCAUCUCAGAGUGCCAUCCAGAGCAGCGAUUGGAUCCUUGGUCAGGUACAAGUAAGGCCAUUUGUGGAGGUUUCUUUUCAGCGCACAACUCUUCAAACAACCACUGCUGAUGGACCAAACCCAUCCUGGAGUGAGGAGCUGCAGCUGCCAUUCAGUGCCCCAAAUGGUGACUACAGCACUUCCAGCCUGCAGUCAGUCAAAGAUGAGGUCUUCAUUAACAUAUUUGAUGAAAUGGUGUAUGAAACUGGAGUGAGUGACAAAGAUAGAGGGAAGUCGAUCAAUACCCGGAUAGAGAGGCAUUGGUUAGGCUCCAUCAAGAUUCCUUUUAGCACCAUUUAUUCUCAGUCCAAGAUUGAUGGGACAUUCAAGGUGAACACACCAGCAGUGUUGCUCGGGUACAGUAAGGAAAGAGGCAAUGGUGGUUAUGACACAUGGAGGCUAAGUGAGGGAACAUUCAUCACACUGUUCAUCACAAUUGAACCUCAGCUUGUGCCUGGAGAGCCAGUCAGAGAAAAGAUAAAGGAUGUGAAGUUUGACAGUCAGGAGGAUGAGCGGUUACUGCAGGCUUCAGAGAGAUUUGAGAGGGAGGCAUCACAGAGUUAUCCUGACCGACCCUGCAUUACCACCGUCAUAGACCUCAAUGGAAAGACAGUCUUCAUCACCCGCUAUAUCCGUCCGCUCAACCCCCCACAGGAAUUACUGGACAUGUUUCCCAAUAACCCCCAAGAAGCCAUGGCCCUGGUUGCUCGUUUCGUGUCACUUAUCCCAUCACUGCCUGAUAGAGUUGCAUUUUCUGGUACCUGUGACCUGUGGAGCACCUGUGAUCAAUUUCUCACCUUCCUGGCAGGAGAUGAAGAAGAACACGCUGUACUGUUAUGCAACUACUUCCUGUCCAUGGGAAAGACACCCUCGCUGAUAAUUGGCACUGCUAUACCAGAGGGGCCAACAGCAUACGUUCUGACCUAUGAGCAGAACCGGUACCUGAUCUGGAAUCCCAGCAGUGGACAGUACUACAGCCAGUAUGACACCUUCUGUCCACUGCAAACUAUCGGCUGCCUGGUCACCAGUGACAAUGUGUAUUUCAACAUUCAACAAUACACCUCCCCAAUGCGGGUGAGUUUUGACACUGGAAAAGCCAAUCUGUGGAAGCCUUUUUUCUCACGAUCCUUCUCCAACCCUGGCCUGUCGAGUGUACAGCCAGAGCAGCUGGUGUAUCGUCGCAUAGACAAGGGAGCUGCAGCAGAGCUUCAGGACAGAAUUGAGAAGAUCCUGAAGGAAAAGAUCAUGGAGUGGCGCCCUCGCCAUCCAACCCGCUGGAACCGCUACUGCACCAGCACCCUGAAACAAUUUCUGCCCAAACUGGAGAUGAGUGGUGGGCAGGACUUGGCUGAGGGGCACCGGCACGAGCUGCAGAGCCUGCUGGGAGACCACAGGAUUUCAGGAUUUCCCUUGCACCUGCCAUUCUCGGAAAUCCGGCCCAUCAUAGAGGCAGUCUACAGCACCGGAGUUCACAAUGUUCAGGCGUCAAACGUUGAGUUUGCCCUGGCUGUGUAUGUACAUCCCUAUCCUAGUAAUGUCCUGUCUGUGUGGGUGUAUCUGGCAUCUCUUAUCCGCAUGUAAAACAAGAGGCACUCUGCAUCACUGGCCUUUGUAUUCCUGUAUUUCACUAAUUUUUUACACAUUCAUUUCCACAUGCUUUAAUUUAAAUAUUAAAUCCAAACAGGAGCCUAUAAUAGAGCCACAGCCUCAAGACCUGGAAAAACAUCACUGGCACUUACUACACUGAUUUUAAUGAAUUAGAUGAAACAGAGAGCAAGUGUCUAGAUAUUUUCAUUACCUGAUGAGCUCAGCAUACUGGGCUGUUUUAUAUUCAUGUACAGUUUAGUAUCCUGUUAUUAAUAUGUGUCACAUUUGCAAAUGUACAAUUUUUUUAAAGAUUUUUUUUUUUUUACAUAAAAAUUAAAAAGAACAGAGCUUUAAUCCCAAGAUACUUUUAUUGUUCUGCUUCUUAAUUUCCCAUUUCCAAUAGAAAGCAUCAUGCAAAACCUGUGAAACAAGCAAACAAAUCUUACUCCAGACUGAUUAAAGAUGUAAUACAAUGUACUGAAAGCUGAACAACUACACAGUAGGCUGUUCCCAUUCCGAGGGUUCCUCUAUUCAGACACCUCUUAGCUACUGUACACUAAAAGCUCUUCAGUGUCAUAUCAAAAUAGUCUCUCCUGUAUGAACAUUGGUCCGUAUUUUUUUUACUUGCAACAUUGGAGUGCAUAACAAAAAAAUAAAAGGGGUUUGGCGAAUACGAACAA